AUAGAGAACCGCACGUGGGGAAAGUCUACGCACGUGUAAAAACGUCAUUUAAUUGUGAUCGAAACUUAAACCGGAUAUUUUGGAAUGGUUUAAGUUAAGACGCCUCUUAAAUUAGCUGACCUUCGUCUAAACAAUCUGCUGAUCUUUAAACUUUUGAAAAUCAAAUAAAUUAACUCACUCCAAUUCUCUCCCCGCUUCGACGAGAUCGCGGAGGAUUAACAAAGAAUCAGUAACGAUAUCAGCUUCAUUCCAUGGCACCCAGAUGGAAAUGGAAAGGUGCUGAAGCCAAAGCUCUUGCGGAACCAAUUUCAAACUCAGUCUCAGAGCUCCAACUCUCUCUAGCCAAAACAGAGACAUCCGGUUCCCUCUCGAGUUGCAACGUGCUUCUAGCCGUUGAGCCGGAGCAAGCUGAACUACUCGACCGCUGUUGUUUUGGCAGACUCGUCCUAUCCGCUGAGAAAGACAAGAAAUGGAUUCAGUUAUCCUUUGAAGAAGCUUUCUAUUUGCUUUACAAUCUCAAAUGCAUCAAAAUCUACCUCCAAGGCCGUUGCUUGGAGAACGAAGUCGACACAUGGAUGUACAUGAAAUCACAAAGACCAAACUUCCCGAUAUUUUUCAAAGCUUAUUCACAUUUACGGUCCAAGAACUGGGUCUUGAGGUCAGGGUUGCAGUACGGUGUGGAUUUUGUGGCAUACCGUCAUCAUCCAUCUCUUGUCCAUUCUGAAUACUCUGUGUUGGUUCAGUCUGGUGAUAGUAAUCGGUUAAGAGUGUGGUCAGAUGUCCAUUGUGCUGUUCGGUUAAGCGGGAGUGUUGCCAAAACGUUACUGACUCUCCAUGUGAGUGGUAGCUCUAAUAAAGAAGAUUUGAAACUACCUAUGUGUUUGGAGAACUACAAAGUGGAAGAGCAAACUAUUUGUAGAUGGAGCCCAGAACUCAACCGUGAAGAUGAAACCACAAAUCCAAAACCAAAUGCUACCACUAGCUAUGGGUAAGCAGGUUCAUUUGAAUAGAGUAGUCUCAAGCAAAAAAAGAAGCAGUACAUUUGUUAUAAAAUCAGAUGUUUGACACGGACACAAUCCAACAAAUCUCUAUGCAAACAUAAGACAUUAGUAAGAAGUGCGAGAAAAUAUUUUGUUUCUUCUUUAAGAUGUUCAUUUGAUGGUAAUGAAUAUGAAUUCAGAAGUAAAGAAAUAUUUUUAUACGCUUAUCCUUUCUUUUUAAUAACUACCGUCAUGUUUUCUUUGCCAUUGGAUUGUAACCUAUGUCUCCAUCUUUCAGUAUUGAAUAUUCAUGAGCUCUCUAUAUAAUUGUUGGUGGGUCAGGCUAUAC